GACUUUGCUUUUGAUGUGUGAAAACAAACAUAUUAGAUCUGAAGUAAUAGAUACAUGUUCUUUUUUCUGCCUAUUUAAGGACCUCUCUCCCUUGGGUCCUUCUUAUCAUUAAAAUUAUCUUCUUCCCCCUUUCUUUGAUUUCUCUCAAUUCUUCAUACUUUCAAGGUUGUAGGAAAGUGAAGAAAUGGUGAAGAUUUGUUGUAUUGGAGCUGGUUAUGUUGGAGGUCCAACAAUGGCAGUCAUUGCACUCAACUGUCCCUCCAUUGAAGUUGUCGUUGUUGACAUCUCGGUUACUCGAAUCUCAGCCUGGAACAGUGAUCAAUUACCAAUCUACGAGCCAGGUCUUAAUGAAGUGGUCAAACAAUGCAAGGGAAGGAACCUGUUCUUCAGCACCGACAUAGAAAAACAUGUCUCCGAAGCAGACAUAAUCUUUGUCUCUGUAAACACACCCACCAAAACCCGAGGUCUCGGUGCUGGCAAAGCUGCAGACCUCACAUAUUGGGAAAGUGCAGCAAGGAUGAUUGCUGAUGUAUCAAAAUCCAACAAAAUCGUCGUCGAGAAAUCGACGGUUCCGGUCAAAACAGCCGAAGCUAUCGAACGGAUCUUGACACAUAACAGCAAAGGGAUCAAAUAUCAAAUUCUAUCCAACCCAGAAUUUCUUGCCGAAGGGACUGCAAUUCAAGAUCUGUUUAAACCAGACAGGGUUCUUAUUGGUGGAAGGGAAACCCCUGAUGGUUUAAAGGCAAUUCAAGCAUUGAAAGAUGUUUAUGCUCAUUGGGUACCUGAAGAUCGUAUCAUUACGACUAAUCUUUGGUCUGCCGAGCUUUCUAAACUUGCGGCUAAUGCAUUUUUAGCUCAACGGAUUUCAUCGGUUAAUGCAAUGUCAGCUCUAUGUGAAGCUACCGGUGCCGAUGUUUCACAGGUUUCCCAUGCCGUCGGUAAGGACUCGAGGAUUGGACCAAAGUUCUUGAAUGCUAGUGUUGGGUUUGGUGGAUCUUGUUUUCAAAAGGAUAUAUUGAAUUUAGUAUAUAUAUGUGAAUGUAAUGGAUUAGCCGAAGUUGCAAAUUAUUGGAAACAAGUGAUUAAAGUGAAUGAUUAUCAAAAGAAUCGAUUUGUAAAUAGGGUGGUCUCGUCGAUGUUCAACACGGUUUCCGGCAAGAAAAUUGGUAUAAUGGGAUUUGCAUUCAAGAAAGAUACGGGUGAUACACGGGAGACUCCGGCUAUUGACGUAUGUAAAGGCUUGUUGGGGGAUAAGGCUCGGUUGAGUAUUUACGAUCCGCAGGCGACUGCGGAUCAGAUUCAGCGGGAUUUGACGAUGAACAAGUUUGAUUGGGAUCAUCCAAUUCAUCUUCAGCCCAUGAGUCCAACCGGUGUGAAGCAAGUGAGUAUUGCUUGGGAUGCUUAUGAAGCAAGCAAGGAUGCUCAUGCUUUGUGUAUUCUUACUGAAUGGGAUGAAUUCAAGACGCUUGAUUACCGGAGAAUUUUCGACAAUAUGCAGAAGCCGGCAUUUGUGUUUGAUGGCCGGAAUGUCGUGAAUGUGGAGAUGUUGAGGGACAUUGGUUUUAUUGUGUAUUCCAUUGGGAAGCCGCUUGAUCCUUGGCUUAAGAACAUGCCUGCUGUGGCAUGACCGACCUAUCUUUCUCUUUUUAACUAUACUACUAUCCGAAAACUUCAUUUUACUUAAUUUUUAUUUUUAACACCUAAGUUUGUAUUUUUUAUUUUUAUUGUUACUUUCAAAUUAUAUUUAUAGCAAAAUUUGUUAUUUCUAUGAAA